CUCCACAACUUGUCCCGACCGGUAGACGGCGCGAUCAGGUAAGAGGACCGAGAGAGGUACGAAGCCAUCAAAAGUCUGGGACGCCCGCGCACUCUCUCUGACAUUUCCCUCAUCUUCUCGACUACCAUUGUACUUGCUAGAAUUAUUUCGUGUGUGACGCUUAAAUCACAUCCAGAGAACAGCAGACUGCUCUCCGUCAACUCCCGAACACUAUCGAACGUCUGUCCUCAACUUGAAUACAUAAAGCUUCGCGACGCCUGACAUGCCUUCCUACACAUCCAUUCACCUUGUCGAACGGCCCCAAGAUGCCAUCGUUCCUGGCAAAACAUUCACCUCCAAACAACACCCCAUUCCCUCUGCCUCAUCCCUCCAAGAUGGCGAGGUCCUCUUCCAAACACUCUAUGCUAGCCUCGAUCCCGCCAUGAGAGGAUGGUUGAACCCAACGCGCUCAUACGUUCCUCCUGUCGAGAUCGGCGCCGUGAUGCGCGGAAACGGCAUCGGAAUAAUUAUCGCAUCUAAGAGCUCCAAGUUCCCCGUGGGCUCCUACGCGCUCGGCAUGUGCGGAUGGUCCGAGUACGCGGUGCUCCAGGAGAAGUUCCUCGAGUCUCUGGAUCUGCCUUCGGGCGCGGUUCCAACCGACGCGCUUGGCGUACUCGGCAUGACUGGCCUGACGGCGUACUUUGGCAUUCUAAACGUCGGGCAGGUCAAGGCCGGGGAUUUUGUUGUUGUUUCGGGUGCGGCAGGCGCGACAGGGAGUGUGGUGGGUCAGAUUGCGAAAUUGAAGGGUGCGACUGUUUUGGGGCUCGCGGGCGAGGACAGCAAGGUGCAAUGGUUGAAGGAGGAGUUAGGCUUCGACGAGGCAUUGAACUACAAAGACCCUGAGUUUGCGAAGAAGUUCAAGGCUGCGACUAAGAACUUGAUUGAUGUAUACUUCGACAACGUUGGUGGCGAAAUCCUCGAUCUCGCGCUCUCCCGCGCGAAACCCUUCUCCCGCUUUGUAAUGUGCGGCGCAAUCAGCGAGUAUAACAAAAAGAAGCCCCAAGGCCCCAAAAACUACCUCAUGAUCAUCUCCAUGCGCAUCCGCAUGCAAGGUUUUGUCGUCUUCGACUACGCCGACCAGUAUGCUGCAGCUCGGAAGGAACUCGCGCAAUGGCUGUCGGAGGGGAAGCUCAAGAGGAAAGAGACGAUCGUUAAAGGUGGGAUUAUGAAAGCGGAAGAGGCGUUGUUUGGGCUGUUUGAGGGCAAGAAUACGGGUAAAACAAUGGUUGAGGUUGCGACACCGGAGGAUGUCAAGGCAAAGUUGUGAUCCUUGCAGGUGUAUGUCGGUGAGUGAAUGUGGCUUAGACAAUAGGGUUGCAAGAGAUGAAUGUACUGCGGUUCCUCUGAAUGUGUCAUAAUUUACCCAGCCUACAUCGCGAUCAGAGAUACAUGCUCCUUGUCGCC